GCGAGUAAACAUUGAGCGAGCGACUUCUCGACCUGUAGACAGGUUCCUCGUCCUUUUCCUCCCUUUUUUACGACAUGAUUUCGUGUUUCAGAAUGGUCCACGAGGGCCAAAUAAGCCUCCAGAGCUUCCUUUUAGGCCUAGGGAUCCUGAGUUACUUCCUGGUCACGUGUGGAUUGUGGUCGCCGCGGCUCGGAGUGGCGGAAGAGUGGUUGCAGGACCAUCCGUGGGUCUACUGCGGCUGCUUCUUCGCCUCCGUCAACGCCGUUCUUGCCCUGGCCUUCAGGGGGAAGAGCUGGCAGAUAGCUGUACGAGGAUGUUUCCUGGGUACAGCCUGUGGGCUAGGGGUAAUGGUCAGUGUUCUCUGCAGUUCCUCAUACCAUGUGUUUGGUUGGUACAUGGUAGUACUAACUCUCUUCCACUACUCGGAAUACAUCACCACGGCCAUUGGUAAUCCCGCCACACUCAGCCUUGAUUCUUACCUGUUGAACCACAGUGUUGCCUAUGGUCUUGCAGCUGUGGCGAGUUGGGUGGAAUUCUUCAUCGAGAGGCAUUUUCUGCCUGAAAUGAAAACCCUGUGGUACCUCAGUACCUUUGGCAUCCUUGUCUGCCUAUGGGGAGAGAUCAUUAGGAAGGCAGCCAUGCUCACUGCUAAGACUAACUUCAACCACAUUGUGCAGACAGAGAGACAGAAGGACCAUGAGUUAGUGACCUGGGGAGCCUACAGCAUGUUUCGGCACCCUAGUUAUGUUGGCUGGUUCUGGUGGAGCAUCGGCACCCAGUUGAUCCUUGUCAACCCUAUAUGCACCAUAGCCUAUGCACUUGCCUCAUGGAGCUUCUUCUAUGAAAGAAUCUAUUUUGAGGAAAUAACACUCAUCAAGUUCUUUGGGGAGAAGUAUCUUGAUUACCAGAAGAAAGUAGGUACAGGCUUGCCUUUCAUCCGAGGAUAUCAGUAUGUGCGACGUGUGCGCCAAGAAAGUGAUUGAGGGUUUGAGUAAGUGUAUGCAGGCACAAGCAUUUUACCAUUUUUUUGUAUUCCCAUUCAAUUUUUUUCUUUUGCAAGCAUCAAUUUUGCUGGAAGAAGCUCUCAUUAUACUAACGUACUUUAUUCAAGUGUUAUUUUUUCAUAUCAAGUGAAUUUGAGAAUGCUGGCAUUUUCUCUGAUAUUUAUUAUAUGGGUUUUCUAUAUAUUGAUUAAUUAUUGGUACCAUAAUUAAUUCCUCAUAUUAAUAAUUUUCUUAGGCAGCAAACUGACUUUCUCUGAAAUGUGCGUUCAUAGGGAAAUGUACAUUUUUAUAUGUAAACAGUUAUUAACAUUUACAAACGUGAGCAUGUUUGUACAGUUUUCUAGUCUGUCUUUCCUUUUAUUCCCUUCUGAUAGCAUGUUUUUUUGUUGUUGUUUUUCUCACAGACCAUAUUAAUGGGUAGACUAUUUCAAGAAUGCUGGUACUUGUUUUAUAUUCUGUUCAAUUGGGCAAUAUCUUGUAUAUGUUCAGGUGAAGGAAAAUGUGCUAUUGAAAUUACAAAAGCAUAUAUUGCCAAAUGAACUUUAACCAUCAGAAAUGUUUUUCUUGUCUUAAGCACAGAUGUGAAUAUUAUUCACUUUGUAUUAAUACAGCAGAUUAAUGUUGUUGUUUUCCCCCUCAGAAUACCAUAUAGCUCUUUGAAGUGCUUUGCAUAAUAGUUCUUGAAAAUGUAGAAUAGAAGGCACAUUGUUAUUGAGUAUGAGCAUAGUGGAUUGUGUAUAUGUAUUUAAAAUUAUCAUUUUUAUUAUUCUAUUUGAAAGUACUUCAAAGUAGCAAUCAUUAUGUAAAUUUAGAGUGCACAUAUUCAUCCUAAAUUAAAUUAGAAUGCUCUGUAAAUAAAAAAAACUGAUGGAAGUGGUUUAUAAGAAUAUGAUUAGAGAGAGUAAUUUAAAGCCACUAGUUCAAUCAGGAAUUUGGAUCCCAGAUUGUCACAAUCCUUUUAUAUAUGGUGACCGACUUGCUGCCCAUGCAUAUGUGAUAGAUAGAGCCAUGACUAGAAGGUGUAGUAUGUACCAUAUGUUAGUAUGAGGUGAAUAAUGAAAACAUUACCUUUUUUAAGUUAAUAGUAUUGUUCUUUUUUUCCAUUCUCCUUUAACCAUUUUUGUGAUGUAAGAGAAGGGUAACAUGGGAUCACACUUCCAAAAUAGAUUUAGACUUAGAAUUACCUUAAAAAGUCAGUAGAGAUGUCAAGAAUCUUCAGUAAGUAAAAUGAAGUUGAUAUAGUGUGUUGAAUACUAGUCGAGACCUAUUACUAUUAUGGGCAUUAGUCUAUUUUACAUGUUCAGUUAGGAAAGUUAAGUAUUUGGUUUAGAUAGAAUUUCUGUGAUGGAGAUUUUAAGUAGAUCAUUUGAGAUAAACAUUAAUUACAAUGCAUAUAGGCAUCAGUAUCUAUAGAACUGUAGAUGAAUUUAGAUAGUUGAAGCUAAUGUAAGGGAAAGCUAUACAUUCUAUUUAGAUUUAUUACAUAAGAAUUGUAAAAAAAAAAAAAACAGUAGUUGACAGUUAUCUAUGUAAUGUGCCAAAGUGGAAUUGUUCAUAUAGUUCAGUGGUAAUCAGCUGACCAGAGUAAAAUAGUUAUAGUGAGACAAACAGAUGUACUGACAGACUGGCAGAAACAGAAAAACAGAAAAUAAAAUGAAAGCAAGAGACAGAUAGACUGAGAGAAUAAGAGAGCUGGAAAGAGAGGGAAAGAAGAGUAGAGAAAGUGUUCACUUGAUAUUAUGGCUUUUGUUGUAUCAUUGUUAAGACAGAAAUAAUAUGUUUAUAGUCAUGGUAAUUCUAUCUCUUAUGUGAAUAAAAAAUGUUAAGUAC